CGGCAUUGGACAACUCUUCAAUGACAAGGCAAAUGAGCUGUAUAUUCGUCCAAUAUAUCAGACCAACUAAUUUUACUAUUCUUACUAUAAAAAGCCCGUAUCUUUUCCUACUUCCCUUUUCGUACAUAAUAAAUUAACUCACCUUAUGCUCAACCUUCGGACUGGUGUCUCUGCACUCCGACUCUUAUCACGCCCCAAAGCCACUAUUAGUGCCACCGUGCUACUACACCUACAAAACCAGAGUCUUAUCAGCGCCAUCAAGAGGAGAGCAAUGUCUUCGGCUGUAGCUAAGCGCCUUGAGGGCAAGACGAUCGUAAUCACGGGAGCCUCAUCGGGUAUUGGUCGGAGCACGGCAUUCGAAUUCGCACGAACCGCCCCAAAGAACUUGAAACUCAUUCUGACAGCUCGUCGUGUCGACACCCUAAAACAAAUUGCCGAUGAAAUCGCCAAGGAGGUUGGUGAUGGCGUGAAAGUGCUACCGGUGAAGCUCGAUGUGAGCAAACCCGAAGAAAUCCGAGGAUUUGUACCUGGCCUACCUGAAGAGUUCCGCGAGAUCGCUGUGUUGGUUAAUAAUGCCGGCCUCGUAAAAGGCGUAGCCCGAGCGCCCGAGAUCGCCGAGGAGGACAUUAACAUCAUGUUAGCCACCAACGUCACCGGUCUAAUCAAUAUGACCCAAGCCAUUCUGCCUAUCUUCCUUGCGCGGCCCGAUGGUGGUCGCGGUGAUAUCAUCAAUAUCGGCAGUAUCGCUGGUCGUGAUCCUUACCCUGGCGGUGGCAUUUACUGUGCUACCAAAGCCGCAGUUCGAAGUUUCACUGAAUCCCUCCGCAAGGAGCUUAUUAGUUCCCGCGUUCGUAUACUAGAGGUCGAUCCUGGCCAAGUCGAGACCGAAUUUUCGGUCGUCCGAUUUUAUGGUGAUAAGGCUAAGGCGGAUGCUGUUUAUGCUGGUUGCGAGCCCUUGACACCAGAUGACAUUGCUGAGAUUGUAGUGUUCGUUGCUGGACGAAGGGAAAACGUAGUGGUGGCCGACACUCUUGUCUUCCCUAAUCACCAAGCUGGCGCUGGUUUCUUGCACAAGAAAUCAUAAGAGGUUGCAUUUGGGGAAUUUGUACUGUAUUGAUGAAAAAUAAAUGCAUUGAUAUCUACGAAAGCCAGCCCAUAUGAUAUGGAGACAAUAUACCAUCAUAUCUAAACUGACACUACAAUUUCCCUACCUUGUAGCCCAAGAAAUGUGCUGUCUUAU